AGUUGCUGGAUAUCAGUACCAAGAAAAUAUUCUCAAAUUGUUUCUUCCAACUGUUGGGAGUUCAUUGCCUAACAAUCCAUAUUUUUUAUUUUUGUUCCCUGGGAAUGUUAUCAUUUUAUUUGUAAGAUUCUAGAUCAUAUCAAUACCAUGUUGGAAUCCAUGGAAGAGUAUAACACAUCCUCUACAGACUUUACCUUCACGGGGCUGUUCAGCAGAAAGGAUACUGCAGAACUUCUUUUUGCCAUUGUCACUGUUAUCUUCUUCACUGCACUGAUGGCUAAUGGAGUCAUGAUCUUCCUGAUCCACACUGACUCACGCCUCCAAACUCCCAUGUACUUCCUGCUCAGCCACCUCUCUGUCAUUGACAUGAUGUACAUCUCUACCAUUGUGCCCAAGAUGCUUGUUGAUUAUAUGCUGGGCCAAAGGACCAUCUCCUUUGUGGGCUGCACAGCUCAGCACUUCCUUUAUGUCACCUUGGCGGGAGCAGAAUUCUUCUUGUUGGGCCUCAUGGCCUAUGACCGCUAUGUGGCCAUCUGCAACCCUCUGAGAUACCCUGUCCUCAUGAGUCACAAGAUCUGUUGGAUGAUCAUAGCAGGAUCCUGGUUUGGGGGGUCUUUGGAUGGCUUCCUCCUAACCCCCAUUACCAUGAGCUUUCCCUUCUGCAACUCCCGGGAGAUUAAUCAUUUCUUCUGUGAGGUGCCUGCAGUCCUGAAGUUGGCAUGUGCAGACACAGCCCCCUAUGAGACAGUGAUGUAUGUGUGCUGUGUUUUGAUGCUGCUGAUUCCUUUCUCCGUGGUGAUUGCCUCCUAUGCCCGAAUCCUGACCACAGUCCACCACAUGAGCUCAGCGGAGGGGAGGAAGAAAGCAUUUGCCACCUGCUCAUCUCACAUAACUGUGGUUACCUUGUUCUAUGGGGCUGCCAUGUACACGUACAUGCUGCCGCACUCUUACCACACGCCAGCUCAGGACAAAAUUUUCUCUGUAUUCUAUACCAUCCUCACACCCAUGCUAAACCCCCUCAUCUACAGUCUGAGGAACAAGGACGUGACUGGUGCUCUGAGGUGGGCCUUGGGGAAGUUCAAGUCUUCACAAAGAGUGUCAGAGGAUGCCUUUUGAUGGCUAUUUCCCAUAUGAGUGGUGAAUAUGAACGGGAGACUGUGGCCAGUAUGUUCAUGCUGUCAUUGAAGGAUUAAACUGGAGAGAAGGCUGCCAAAAAAAAAGUAUAUAAAAAUGUGCCCUCUUUGUACCCCUUCCUUUAUCCUUUCUUCUUUCAUUUUUUAAAAAUGGCCCUUUCUCCUGCUCUGUUCACUUGUAUUAAAAGUAAAUGCCCCAUGGUUUCCAGAAACAUAAUUAAAAAAAAAAUCUUCUGGAGUUUUACCUUUUCAAGGUAAAAUAAAUCACAUUCUAUUUUCAAUUGCGUAAACUAUAUUGAAGGAGGGAAGGUGGCACUUUUGGAAUUUGUGACACUACUAUAUAAAUCUAGCUCACCA